AUGGACGGCGAAGAAGGCUCCCGUUCACGGUCGAGGGCGUCCUCCGACUCAUCAGGAUCUCGCGUCGAGAAAAGCAGCUCCAUCAACGUGCUCGCGCGCGGGGCGCAGGAGCGUGUCAAGCGCGGCAAGGAGCUGUCGUGGGUGCAGGGGUGUGAGGGGGAGGUCUUUCCUCUCGAUGGCGGGGACGCCAAGAAGCUGACCUUCGACGACGAAGCGCUCAAGGCAAACGUGCUGCUCGACACUGCGGGCCGCGAGGUCGAGCUGUUCGUUGGAGCUCCCGAUCUCGCCGCCUACCGCGCAUACAUGGGCAACUAUGGGCCUGACCUCGCACAUGUGUAUCGGCGGGCGCUCCUCGUGAUCGAGCCCCAAGGCCAUACGCUCAGCCAGCGCGUGGCUGCCAUGGGUUUUGGGGAGGCCAUGGCACUUCUCGAGGCCAUGAAGAGCAAGCUCAGCGCAGGCGACUGCGGCGCACAGGACUGCCACGAGGCGGUGGCGACUCUGGCCCGUCGAGCGAUCGCGGGCAAGCAAGAGCUUGUGUGGGUGCUGAGACUGGUAUGCGCGGCGGGGGGCGAGCGCCUGGCUUGCGUUGCGAACGCGAUUUUGCAGAACACCCAGGUCUCCAACUUUGUCCAAGUCCGGGCAGACGACCUGAUCCUCGCCGUGUCGACGUUUGGGUGGGAGACGCUCGAGGAGGGCUGUCGUGAGUGCUUGCGGGCGGCAUGUCACGGUGCCGUCCGGAGGGGAGAAGCGACUUUUGCGUGUCAACAGUUCUUCAAAGCCUUUGCCGACCUUCGUCAGGAAGCUCCGCAGACGGUGUUGCAGCUCACGCAGGCUCUCCUUGAAUGUCUGCCUGCUUCGUUUGCACCAUCAGAUGGAGGAAGCGCGGAGCUCGACUUCGAGAUCGCCCUGCGUGCCGUCGGAGACACGAAAGCUGGAGAAUGCGUCGACAGAUGGGCGGGGGAAGCGCUCAAGCACUUCUGGGGCGGUUAUGACGCAUGCAAGGCGAUCGUACGUGCGGUGUCCAAGCACGGGACCCUGUCGAAGGUGGUUCCUGCGGUGGCGGAGUCGUUGGGCGACAAGUGCGCGGACAUCAUCACCGCAGCUGCUGCGUGCGACGGCGCGCCUCGCCUGGAAGCUUCGUUGCAAGAUCGCGACGCACUCGCGGUGCGGAGCUUCCUCGAGGCGCUCGAGGGGCGGAUGAAAGCGACACGCGAGGCAACUACGUGUCGCCACGAGCUCUCGUCUCUUCCCGCGAAACGGUACAGGGCGGCCAUGCUCCGGGGCUUCGAGGCACUCGCACGGCACGAUGGCGCCGCAGGCUCGCGUGCGGAGACGACGCUCUCGACUUUCCGCGACGCGGGUGACAUCCCGCUGCUGCGCGAGAUGCUGAACGGCCAGGACAAGGUCGACAAGCUGCGACGCCAGGUGGCGGAGCUACUGCUGGACCUGCUAGCGCAGGCUCCCGGGUCCAAGCCCAUGAGUCUCGCGGUCGAGACUGCGGAGCACUGCCACGAUCGCAUCCCCCUCUCUUUUCUGCGCGGCUGCAAGGAGGAGGAGGUCGUUUGCGAGUGUCCAUCGUACGACGAGGCGCGCGAGCUGGAGCGCGAGCUCUCAGGCCUCGAAACUGGCCUGGAGUUCAGCAUCGUUCAGGAUGAGUCUGACGCCUUGCGUCAUACAGUUUGUACUUCGACAGCGUACAAAGUGGUGGCGAGGAAGACCCUGGAGUGGUUGAAGGUCCAGGGGGUUCUGCCUCAGACACAGACCUGGGCUGUGCCUUUGGCGGCGUCGCAUUGCGAGGAGUUCGUCCCCACGUCGUUCCUCCAGGGCGAGAAACGGUGGUACGACACCGAGGCGCGAUCGCUCUUCGCAAGCAUCAAAGAUGCGCGAAAGGCCGUCGUUACGCUGAAGCGGAAAGACUACUCCGGUCUCGAGUUCGGUGCUGGUGGACGCGGAAAUCGCGCUUUCGUCAGCGUGAAGAAGACGCCGGUCUGGGUGCUCAAAGAACUUCGAAGUGCAUGGACGAGGGAGGUGGCGCACCUCAAGGAGAUCGCUCGCGCGUGA